AUAAGUGAAAUAAAAAUAAUCUGUCUCGCUCUCCUCUCCCUUGUUACAAAGUAAUGUUUUUAUGCAUACCUGGGGAGUUGACUGCCAAUGCAGAAAUCAUUAGCUGUAGGUAGCUUCGUUUAACUGAUAUACUGAUUGGCAUGCGACCACUAAGUUUGCUGUUAGAGGGAAUAAGAGCUUCUGUUCUGAAAGCAGUUAUAAAUUAUUUUGCAUCUUUCUUUUUCAAUCCCCUUAUUUAUUUUGAUUUUCAGCAGGUUUAGAAGCGGGACGUUACUUAUGCUCAGAAAUAUAGCUGAGACGUGUAUUAUUAACAAGAUCUUCAAAAAAGACCAUUCUUGGGAAAUGCCCAGCUGUUACCCAGGAUAGGACAGUCUCUCGAUUGCUUUUCAAAUUGUCCUGCUUUAAAACAGAACCAGUUCUUAAGAUGUCAAGUACUAUGACCUCCUGGAGUAUAAUCUCGGCAAGAAACAUUAUCUCCACUUUGCAUGGAAAAGGACGUUUGUAUUCCAGGUGCUUUUCGAGCCAGAACAAAGUAGCAUGGAGGGGUUUGCUUGCCAAAGACUCCUUUUCUUCUUUCCUGUCAAGUUGCAGUUGUGGCGUGGACAGCAUCUUCACUGUGAGAAAAGCUUUCAGACACACCUCCACAGAAGAAGAAGACUUCUCCUUCCACCUGACACCAUCACAGAUAAAUGAAAUAUUAAGGGCUAAUGAGUUGUCCUAUACAGUUCCUGAAUUUGAUGGGAAAAACCCGAGCUCAGUGUUGAAAUUUGAGAGUAACCACUUGGCUGCCAACGCCCCGAGUGAAGACCGUAGAAGUGCUGCUACAUGUUUGCAGACCAGAGGGAUGAUGUUUGGAGUCUUUGAUGGCCAUGCAGGCUAUGCCUGUGCACAGUCGGUCAGCGAGAGGCUGUUUUUUUACAUUGCUGUUUCUCUUCUGUCUCAACAAACGCUGCAAGAAAUCGAGUCUGCCAUGGAGUCCAUGAAACCAGUUCUGCCUAUUCUGCAGUGGCACAAACACCCCAACGACAGGUUCUUUCACGAGGUCGCCCCAAUGUAUUUGGAGCAGCUCAGAGUUUAUUGGCAAGACUUGCUGAACCUGGACAUGGAGCCAUGCCUUACUAAGAAGGAUGCAUUGAUCUAUGCAUUUAAAAGGCUGGAUUCAGAUUUCUCUUUGGAAGUCCAGGCUCCCACAGAAAAUGAAUUGGUAAGGAACAUAGCUCUUCAGGUGGCUUUCUCGGGCACAACAGCAUGUGUGGCUCACAUCGACAGUGUUAAUUUGCAUGUUGCAAAUACUGGUGACUGUAGAGCAAUUCUAGGGGUUCAAAAUAAAGAUGGGAUGUGGUCCGCCCUCCCUCUUACUCAAGACCACAAUGCCUUCAACAAGUUGGAAGCUUUAAGGUUAAAAAGUAAACACCCAGCCUCUGAAGAGGACACUCUCAUUGUGAACAACAGGUUGUUGGGAGUUCUUAUGCCCACUAGAGCUUUUGGAGAUGUCAGAUUUAAGUGGAGCCAGGAACUUCAGCAGAGUGUGCUAGGAAAUGGUUGCAACACGGAGGCUUUAAACAUUUAUGAGUAUGCACCGCCAAACUAUCAUACGCCUCCUUAUUUAACUGCAGAACCCGAAGUCACGUACCACAAAAUUAGAAAGCAGGAUAAAUUUUUAGUGAUUGCUUCAGAUGGGCUGUGGGACAUGUUGAGUAAUGAAGAGGUGGUCAAGCUUGUUGCCACACAUCUGCUUGAAGACAAUGCCCAGAAAACACCACUUGCUUUUAAGAAACCAGCCAACCUAGGUUACAUGCAAAACUUCCUUCUUCAGAGGAAGGGCAGGCACAUCCGCACCUAUGACCACAAUGUGGCUACCCACCUCAUUCGAAAUGCCAUUGGCAAUAAUGAAUAUGGAGAGGUUGAUCCAGAGAGGCUCAUGGCAAUGCUGACUCUUCCUGAUGAUGUAGCACGGCUGUAUAGGGAUGACAUCACGGUUACUGUGAUAUAUUUUAAUUCGGAUAUAAUUGAAGGUUACUACAGAGAUAACAAAUAAUGGACUUGUCCUUAUGAACCGUACAUGUUCUGUGGACCACUAGGGUUUU